UGUACGGAGUAACACAGUAAGCUAUCGGAUCUAAUAAAUAGAACCGCGAAUACCCGAAGCCAAGACCCUAACAUCCUAAUUUGAAGUAGUCGCCUACCAACUGUGAAAUCUCUUUCCUUGAAGUCACCAUUAAUCGAUGACAAUGGCAGCUUGGCAGUGACAGUGCAAAUACAAAGAGAAAGAGGAGGAGAAAGAAAGAUGGUAGAGUGCAAUCAGGGCAUAUCAGAUGGUCCCAAGUACAAAGAGUAUUUAGCGGGUUUGAUCGCCGGCGUCGCCACCGUCAUCAUCGGCCACCCUUUCGACACUGUCAAGGUGAAGUUACAAAAACACAAUACUGAAUUGCAUGGCGUCAAAUAUAAAAAUGGAUUGCAUUGUGCUGCUAGGAUAUUGCAGAAUGAAGGGGUACGGGGCCUUUAUCGAGGUGCUGCCUCCUCUUUUAUAGGGAUGGGUUUUGAAAGUUCACUUCUUUUUGGCAUAUACUCGCAAACCAAACAGUCUCUCCAAGGUAAGUUGAAAAGUUCUGGCCCGGAUUCCCUAAUAAUAAUUCCAUCAGCUGUCUAUUCGGGAGCUAUAAUCAGCUUUGUACUCUGUCCUACUGAGCUAGUGAAGUGUAGGAUGCAAGUCCAAGGAACUGAUUCUUUAAUUCCAAAGGCCAGCACAUAUACGGGUCCUGUUGAUUGUGCCCUUAAGACUCUAAGAACUGAGGGGGUAACAGGGAUUUUCCGUGGAGGGACCGCAACCUUUCUAAGAGAAUCUUUGGGGAAUGCCGUGUUCUUCAGUGUUUAUGAAAGCGUCCGAUAUUCCAUGCACUUACAACUCAAAGAUGCUUCUAGAGAUCAUAAAGGCUUGGCCGACUUGGGGGUUGGGAUCAUCAGUGGUGGCCUUGGCGGUGUUGCUUUUUGGUCUGCUGUUUUGCCCCUGGAUGUGGCAAAAACUAUGAUUCAAACCAAUCCAGAUCCAAACUACUCGAGAAAUCCUUUUCAAGUAUUGAAGUUGAUUUACAAACAAGCUGGGCUAAGAGGAUGCUAUGCUGGCUUAGGUCCAACUAUAGCAAGGGCAUUUCCAGCCAAUGCAGCAGCAAUAGUCACCUGGGAAUUCGCCAUGAAAAUUUUAGGCAUCAGACAUGAGUAGUUAUCUUUUUUACAAUGACCCUUAUUUACAGAGAUAUAUUUGCAUAAGAUGGAAGCAGAGAAAUUUGAUGGGAAUUGUUCAUCACAAAGCUCGAGUAUCAAUGAUCUCCGGACUCAGGCUUAGUGAUUAUACAAUAGGCACUGUGAAAAGUCCAUUUGAUAGUUCUGAAUGGUUCCAUAGUGCCCGAGUGUACUUCGCAUUUCCAUUUAAAGCAAUGAGUCUUUUGUAAGCAAGUUUUUAACCCAAGAAUACAUUGCUGGGAACGAACAUUCUAGGAUGUAUCCCUUGAAAGUUGAAACAAACAAGGCAAAAGCCUUACACACAUUCUAUACAAUUCAAUCAAACCAAUCGUUGUCACUAGUUCA